AUGAACAGCGACGACGAUUACAAGCAAGACACUACUCACAAGGAAGCAGUCAGUCCGACGGCGACGGACAACAACGUCUCGGAGUAUGCUUAUGAUCAGAUCGAAGAGAAGAGGUUGGUGCGUAGGGUCGACUGGAGGCUGCUACCUAUAUUGGGUGCCCUGUACUCCAUCGCGCUCAUAGACCGCACAAACAUUUCCAACGCCCGAGUUGCUGGAAUGGGACCGGACCUCAACCUCCAAAUCGGAGAUCGCUACACCAUCGUCCUGGUUCUCUUCUUUCCGACAUACUUCCUGCUUGAGCUUCCAUCUAAUAUCGUCCUUCGUAAAGUGGGUAGCGCGAAUUGGCUAGCUUUCAUCGCCGUAUCAUGGGGUGCUGUCAUGAUCGGACAGGGCUUUGUCGAAAGCUGGAUUUCACUUGCCAUAUGCCGUGUAUUACUGGGAGCUUUCGAGGCUGGGUUCUUCCCUGGAUGUGUAUAUCUCAUCACUUGUUGGUAUCGCCGCUAUGAGACACAAAAAAGACUGGGUGGCUUCUAUCUUUUCUCUGUCGGUAUCGGUGGCCUUGCGAACAUCCUUGCGUAUGGUCUCAUGCAAAUGGAAGGUGUCGGUGGUCUCCGUGGCUGGAGAUGGAUCUUCAUCAUAGAGGGCAUCUUGACUUGCAUUGUUGCGAUCGCAGCAUGGUUUAUCAUCCUAGACUUCCCCGAUAAAGCCGAAAAGAAAGGAUUCCUCACUUCCGCUGAGGCCGCUGUCAUCAUGCAGCGUAUCGAAGAUGAUCGAGGUGACUCGGUAGCGGAUCCAUUGACCUGGGCCAAAUUCGUUUACCACUUGAAAGACCUCAAAUUGUGGGCCUAUGCCACGUUAUUCAUGUCGACAACCAUGCCAGCGUACGCCUUCAGUUAUUUCCUCCCGGUCAUUCUUCUCGGCAUGGGAUAUUCGCCUGGUCAGGCUAACGCACUAUCCGCGCCUCCCAGUCUGUUUGCGAUGUUCACAGCCUUUGGGUUCGCAUGGCUAGGAGACAAAUACCGCCUUCGCGCUCCCGUGAUUGCUGCGCAAUCGAUUCUUGCCAUCAUCGGUCUCAUGAUCGUAGCAUAUGCCAAGAACAACGGGGCAAGGUACUUUGGCUCAUUCCUAGGAGUAUGUGGCUGCCAGGGCAACGUCCCGGCUAUUCUCGCGUACCAAAGCAACAACAUCCGUGGCCAAAGUAAGCGGUCCGUCGGAAGCGCUCUCCAGAUCGGCUUCGGUGCAAUCGGUGGUAUUCUUGCAUCAACGACUUUCGUUCAGGAAGAAGCUCCCACAUACAUUACGGGUCUCUGGGUCACGGCUGGUCUUCAGAUCUACAUUCUGCUAGUGCUGUGCUGCACUACUACGUACUUCUUGAAGAAGAAUAAAGUGGUAGAUAAGCAGAGGGCUAAUGGAGAGCCGAUGGACGAGAACGAAGGCCAAGCUGGGUUCAGGUAUACUAUAUAA